AUCACCCAAACCUUCUCAUCUAAGCCCACAAACGAAAACCCUAACAUAAUCUUCUCUUUCCUUUUUCUGUGAGCCUGUGAAGUGUGAAGACGAUGGCGGUGGAGGCGGCGACGCAACCCAGCAAGCUACGGUGGGGAGAGCUCGAGGAGGACGAUGGAGAGGAUUUGGAUUUUCUUCUGCCGCCGAAGCAGGUGAUUGGGCCCGACGAGAACGGGAUAAAGAAGGUAAUUGAGUAUAAGUUCAACGACGAGAACAACAAGGUUAAGAUCACUACCACCACGCGCAUCCGCAAACUGGCUAAUGCUCGCCUCAGCAAACGCGCCGUUGAGCGCCGCUCAUGGCCCAAGUUUGGGGACGCUGUGCACGAGGACGUCGGCAGCCGCCUCACCAUGGUCUCCACCGAAGAGAUCCUCCUCGAACGCCCACGCGCCCCUGGCACCAAACAAGAGGAAGCUAAGGUUGCUGGGGAUCCUUUGGCUCAAAUAGGCAAAGGAGGAGCUGUACUUAUGGUAUGCAGAACCUGUGGGAAGAAGGGUGACCACUGGACCUCAAGGUGCCCUUACAAGGAUCUUGCUCAACCAAGCGAAACCUUCAUUGAUAAGCCAGCAACAGAAACCAAUGCGGCAGCAGGUGCUACAAAGGGAGCUUAUGUUCCUCCUAGCAUGAGAGGAGGUAACACUGAGAGGACUGGUACAGACAUGAGACGCAGGAAUGAAGAGAACUCUGUCAGGGUCACCAACCUUUCAGAAGACACGAGAGAGCCCGACUUGCUUGAGCUAUUCCGUCCUUUUGGAGCUGUCAGCCGAGUUUAUGUUGCGAUUGAUCAGAAAACUGGAACCAGCAGAGGUUUUGGUUUUGUCAACUUCGUAAACAGAGAAGAUGCUGAGAGAGCUAUCAACAAACUUAAUGGCUAUGGUUAUGACAAUCUCAUCCUUAGAGUUGAAUGGGCUGCUCCAAGGUCUAACUAGUUCCUUGACUAAGUGCUCGAAGGUUUGGUUCUCCUGGCAAACUCGUCGAAGUUGUCGUACUUAUCGAACAAAUUACUUUGCUGUCGGUAGGUAUGCCUAUUGGGCAUCUUCUCAUGGUUUUGUUUAAUUACGUUGGAUGUGAAUCAGCAUAAAGUGUUUUUGUCAUACUAUUAUCUGAAUUGGUUGUGGAGGGGAUUUUUCUCCUCUUACGGCUAUAGAAUUUGGACUUGGUAGUUAUAUGACAUAUGAGUUCAUUUAUAAGUAUUUUCUUUUUGUAUGUCUGUAUUUUUUA